AACGAUCCAAACAGGUCAUAAAGAGCGAAGCGAAGGUGUGAAGGCGAUGCUUAUGAAGUGAAGAAUCAAUACGAUGACAACAACGCUCACAAGCUCCAACCUUUGCAGCGCAAUAAAUCCGAGGUUCCGGUUGAAUCACCGCAGGGUCUGCACACUGAUACGGAAAAUUCAGGUGAGCAGAAUUUCGAAGAGAAAUUUCGGCGGAUUGAUAAUUAGGUGCACCGGCGGCAGUAAUGGUGAUAGUAACAGUGGAGACGGGAAGUUGGAAAAGGACAACUCUUCCAACACUGCUACAACCACGUCUACCACUGUGGCUUCUGACGGCACCGCUGAGGACAGGCGCGGCCCAGGCGGUGCUAAGGAUUCUGAUAAUUCUCCGGCGUCUGUUUCUUCAAGACAGCCAACACUCUCUGGAUCACCUUAUAACAAUUUUCAGCUAGAUUCUUUCAAAUUGAUGGAACUUCUUGGACCUGAGAAAGUUGAUCCUUCUGAUGUUAAGGUGAUUAAAGAGAAACUCUUUGGCUAUUCCACUUUCUGGGUGACAAGAGAGGAACCAUUUGGAGAUCUGGGAGAGGGUAUUCUUUUCAUUGGAAAUCUUAGAGGAAAGAGGGAGGACGUUUUUGCCAAACUUCAAAGUCAACUAUUUGAAAUUAUGGGUGAUACGUACAACUUAUUCAUGGUGGAGGAACCAAAUUCUGAAGGACUAGAUCCACGUGGUGGGCCUAGAGUCAGCUUUGGAAUGCUGCGUAAAGAAGUUUCUGAGCCCGGCCAAACUACUUUAUGGCAGUAUGUAAUUGCUGUUAUAUUGUUUCUUCUUACAAUUGGAUCGUCCGUGGAGCUAGGAAUUGCAUCUCAGAUUAAUCGCCUUUCUCCCGAGGUAGUUAAGUAUUUUACUGAUCCAAAUGCCACUGAGCCACCAGAUAUGCAGCUUUUAAUACCUUUCAUUGAUUCUGCUUUGCCCUUGGCCUAUGGUAUCCUGGGAGUGCAGUUAUUUCAUGAAGUUGGGCAUCUUCUGGUUGCCUUCCAGAGAAAAGUGAAACUGAGCAUUCCAUAUUUUAUUCCAAAUAUCACGCUCGGGAGCUUCGGAGCGAUCACUCAGUUCAAGUCUAUUAUUCCUGACCGAAAAGCAAAGGUUGACAUUUCCAUAGCUGGCCCAAUUGCUGGUGCUGCAUUGUCUUCUGCCAUGUUUGCCAUUGGGCUAUUACUUUCUUCAAACCCAAAUGCUUCAGGAGACUUGGUUCAGGUUCCUAGCACACUUUUCCAGGGGUCCUUGCUUCUUGGGCUUAUCAGUAGAGCUGCUCUUGGUUAUUCAGAACUCCAUGCAACUUCAGUUUCAAUCCAUCCUUUUGUGAUUGCUGGAUGGUGUGGCUUAACAACAUCAGCUUUCAAUAUGCUUCCGGUUGGGUCUCUUGAUGGUGGGAGAGCUGUGCAGAGUGCUUUUGGAAAAAAUGCAUUGAUUGCUUUUGGUCUGGCAAGCUAUACAAUGUUGGGGCUAGGAGUGCUUGGUGGACCAUUGUCACUACCAUGGGGAUUAUACGUUCUUAUAUGCCAGAGGACACCAGAGAAGCCUUGCUUGAAUGAUGUGACAGAGGUUGGGACCUGGAGAAAAACACUUCUUUCGGUGGCUGUAAUUCUUGGAGUGUUGGUUCUUCUUCCGGUAUGGGAUGAACUUGCCGAGGAGUUGGGCAUUGGUCUUAUAUCAAGCUUUUGAGUUUAAGGUCACUACAUCAUUCUCAAUUUCAACUCUUGAUACUAAGGCUCAAGGAUAUGCUGAUCUCCCCUGGGUUUUGGUUAAGACUUCAAGUAUUUACACUCAAGAAAUUCUUUUUGAAGGGCUAGCAGUAUCAUCGAUGCAAGGAAAAGUAAUUGGCACUGGGAGUGGUUUAGAAGUCCUUCCCUGCUCACCUUAACUGAGAAAGAAUCAAAGAACUCCUAGUCAUGGGUAUCUUCCAUUCUUCCUGCUAGAAAAUGCGGUAUUCCGAAAUUUGCUUCCUUCAAGGAGUGAUGAUGCAUAAAAUCUUCUUGUGUCUUGUUCUUGACACUUGAAAGAUAUUUUCGUCUGGGUUCAAUAAAUGACGCUCAGUCAUGAAGCAGCAGUAAACAGGUGGAUAUAUUUUAUGUUCGGGGAAAGCUUGCCUGUAGUUGUAAAUAAAAAGGGCGAUUUGGGGUAGUAGAAAAGACUGUCAUUGAAAAAAUGAGCGAUGUCAGCCUAGGAUCAGAGUCGCCCAACAGUUUACAAACUUAAGUAAGCCUAGGAAUAUAAUCACCUGACAACAGUAUACUAACUGUGCCUAGGAAAGUAUUACAUAUUAUUCGUGUAGCUUACUUGAGCGAUCAUUCUAUGCAAGACUUGAUCAUACUCUGUGGUUGCUAUGUGCCUAUGUCAUGAUUAGGGGAUGGUUUCGGAUUUUAAUUAGACAUUUAGACCUGGAAUUCUUGGCCGG